AUGAAGUCCCUUGUCUUACUCCUUUGCCUUGCUCAGCUCUGGGGUUGUCACUCAGUCCCACAUAGUCUAGGGCUAGUCUAUAGGCAGCCAGCUUGUGAUGACCCAGAAAUAGAGAAAGCAGCCCAGGUGGCCGUGGACUACCUCAAUCAACACCUUCUUCAUGGAUACAAGCAUACCUUGAACCAGAUUGACAAAGCGAAGGUGUGGCCUCGGCGGCCCUUCGGAGAGGUGUAUGAGCUUGAGAUAGACACUCUGGAGACCACCUGCCAUGCACGGGACCCCACGCCGUUGGCAAACUGCCCUGUGAGGCAGGUGUCCCAGCAUGCGGUGGAAGGAGACUGUGACUUCCAUGUUCUGAAACAGGAUAACCAGCUUACCGUAUUGCAUGCAAAAUGUCAUUCCACUCCAGACUCGGCCGAGGACGUGCGCAAAGUGUGCUCAGACUGUCCCCUGCUGAUCCCGCUUAACGACACCAGGGUGGUGCAUGCUGCCCAAGCCGCCCUGGCCGCCUUCAACGCUCGGCAUAACGGAUCCUAUUUUAAACUGGUGGAAAUUUCCCGGGCUCAACUUGUGCCUCUUCCAGAGUCUACCCUUGUAGAGUUUGUAGUGGCUGCCACUGACUGUGUUGCUAAAGAAGUCAUAGAACCAACCAAUUGCAACCUGCUGGCAGAAAAGCAAUAUGGCUUCUGCAAGACAACGCUUACUGAAAAGCUUGGUGGAGAAGAGGUUGCAGUGACCUGCACAGUGUUCCAUACACAGCCUCAGCCAGAUGUCGCCAAAACAGCAGACCCCAUCCCUGCAGUGGAGCAACCUGCACCAGCACUUCCUUCAGCUGGGCCACCUGCACCUUCCGUGACGCUGGGCCAUGUGAUGGUGGCAGUUCGCCCAAGGCCCCCACAGAACUGGGCACACUACGACCUGCGCAAUUCCUUCUCAGGUGUGGCCUCAGCAGAGUCAGCCUCAGGAGAAGCUUUCCCCCCAGAAACACCACCUAAGGUGACCCAUCCUGGUGCUGCUGGUCCAGGUGGUCCGUUGGUCCGCCCGUGCCCAGGGAAGGUCAGACACUUCAAACUGUAG